UUCCAACAGGCUUCUGAGCUCUCCCUAUUUAACCGUCCAUGGUGUGUUGUCCCUGGGUUGAACAGAAUUCUGAGUGUGUACCAUCGAUUCCAGCUGCGCCAAAUUCGAGAGAGAUGACUCAGAAGAGGAAAUCUGCGGAGGUCACUGCUUUGGAGGAAAGCGAUAGAACACUCUAUUCCUCUUUCUGUAACACCGCCAAUUCUCUCUCUCAACUUUAUGCUCAAUCACUUCAUCAGCAGAAGUUGCUCUUUCACGCUGGAGAACGACAUGCUUUGGAAAAACUUAAUGAAUGGAUAUUGAUGAGGCAACAAGAAGGAGUAAGAGUUACUGGAGCAGAUAUUUUAGCACAUCUACAGAAUGAGCUUGACAAGGGUGUAGAAGUGCCAUUUUCACCCAUACCCGAGCAGCAACAACAUUCUAAUAGCAAUACUCGUUUAUCAUUGUCAGCUCCAAGCCCUGUAAUGCAGCAGGAAGCAUUCCUGCUAGCAACAAGUCCUUUGGGUUCACCGAUAGACUUCAAUGUCGACCAGCCCAAGAAUUCAGUCUCCUCCAAUCCUCCAUCCACUUCCGUUAAGCGAAGUUUGCCUUUUGAAGUCGUGGGCUACUCAGAAAUGUUGGCACGUUGCAUGCGGAUUAAGGAUCAAGUGUAAUGAGUGAGAAACUGUGUAACACAGUUUCACAAGUUGUUGAUAAGUUCAUUUGUCAGUGUCUUCUUGUUCUUGACUGGCAUUGCCAUCUCUCUCAUAUAUAGGUCUUCUGCUGAUAGUUGUCUUGAGUACUGGGUUUGAUUUAUUGGAUUUCAGGUGUCAAUAUUCUGUUUCUUGUUGUUGGCUGUACAGCAUUGGAUUUCUUAAAUUCUAAGGAUGAGGGU